GCGGCGGAGCGCGGCGCGGCGGGGCGCGUCAGUUCCGCGCAGGGCCGCGAUGCUGUCGGCGGCCGGCGGCUCCGGCCCCGGCGGGGCGGGCGGCUCCGGGCCGGGGCUCGGCGGCGACGGCGAUUUCCUGUCGCGCUACCGCCUGGUGUCGGCCAAGCUGCGGCGGCGGUUCCUGCGGAAGCCGAACGUGGCGGAGGCGGCGGAGCAGUUCGCGGCGCUGGCGCGGGAGCUGCGCGCCCAGGAGAGCCUGCCCUACGCGGCCUGGUGCCAGCUGGCCGUGGCGCGCUGCGCGCAGAGCCUGUUCCACGGCCCCGCCGAGGCGGCCGCGCUGGCCGAGGCCGCGCGGCUCUUCCUGCGCCAGGAGCGGGACCUGCGGCAGCGCCUGGGGCUGCGCGGCGGCUUCGGCGAGCACGUGGCGGCGGCGCAGAGCUGCGGCGCCUUCGCCGCCCGCCUGCACCUGGAGCGCGGGCAGCCCGCGCUGGCCGCCGGGCCCUGCCUGGAGCUGGCGGCGGCGCUCCGCGACACGGGACAGCCCGCCCGCGCCGCCGCGCCCCUGCAGCGGGCGGCCGAGCUGCUGGCGGCGGCGCGGCUGCCGCUGCAGGCGCUGCGCUGCCUGGCCGAGCGCGCCUCCUGCCUGCUGCUGGCCCGCGACUACGCCGGGGCGCUGGCCGCGCUGACGCGGGCGCAGGCGCUGGCCGGGGCCGGGCUGGGCGGCGCGGCCGGGGCCGGGGCCGCGCCCGGCGGCGCCUUCCUGGACGUGCUGGCGCGCUGCGAGGUGUCGCGGGUGCUGCUGCUGCUGCUGCUGCAGCCGCCGCCCGCCAAGCUGCUGCCCGAGCACGCCCGCACGCUGGAGCAGUACUGCUGGGAGGCGCCCGACGGCGGCGCGGGCACCGGCGGCGCCUCCGGGGCGGGCGGGGCGCUGCCGCCCGCCGCCAGCUACCUGCCCGCCGAGCUGUUCCUGCUGCUGCAGUCGGCUGUGCUGGCCUGCCAGGAGAAGGACGCGGAGGCGCUGAAGGCGCUGCAGGCCGAGCUGUGGCCGCUGCUGAGCGCCGAGCAGAACCACCUGCUGCACCUGGUGCUGCAGGAGAUGCUGAGCCCCGCCGGACAGGGGCUCUGAGCGCCGCCGCCCGCAGGGACCGCCCGGGCUGGCCGCUUCAGCCCGUGCCAGCACAGACUCUGUCCCGUUAUUUAUUUUUAAUACGAGUUGAAGCGAUGGUUGGUGAGAGAAUGCGUUCAUCUACACGUUCGCCUUGUGUCAUAGUAAACUGCUCACUGUAUGUACUGAAAGUUGUGCUUGGAAAAAGUGUAACCCUGAAGCAGACCAUUUCAGGGCAGAAGGAAGCUGUUCAUUAAAAGACUGGCUGCAAUUUG